UGUGUAUGUGUCUGUGUGUGUGCGUGCUUUGUGUGUAAGGCUGUGUCUGGUAAAUUAUCCUUGGUAUACGGUGUUUGUUAGCUAUACCGUGAUUGUAAUACGAAAUCAAAAAAUGCUUUAAGCACUUUGCAUGCCUGAAGCGUAUAACAUUACUAACAAAUGCCGCGGGCAGAAAAAUCCCAAUGCAUGUCUGUAUGCAUUUACUUGCUAACCGAUUCUUGCCUCUUUUCAUAACACCCUCAUGAAUGCUGUGACGCAGUCUAUCAAUGACCAAAAGCGGACGUAGAUUCUUUUCUGUGGCUUCAUACCAGCUAUACAAGUUAUUAACAGCUACAAGUAAAGAAACAUACAGAGGAGCGCACAUUUAUUACCGCAUGCAACUCUGUAGGAAUCUCCUUAUGAAAACACCUAAUAACAACUAUAUAUAACAACCAUUAGCGCAACAACCAUAUAGUGCUUCAGCGUUAUCAGUUAACAGUGUGUAUGCGUUCAUUUGCAGGAUUAGCACCUAUGAAGUUAAUAUGGGGUCUUUGCAAUGGGCCAGCGACGGUGUGGUUCGUACGGUUACCCAGCAGCAGAUCUUCCCGCACGAGGACUACGACACCAGAACGAGAGAGAACGACAUCGCGUUGAUGAAGCUGCAGGAUUGCGUUACAUCCUCGGCAACGAUACUACCCAUCGCGCUCGCUAGUAGAAAUUCCCUGUACGAGGGAGCAGAAGCUACAGCGAGCGGCUGGGGAACGACCUCGGACUCAUGGUGACUCGGGCGGACCGUUGGCGUUCUUUGAGAACGACGGAACAGCGACAUUAAUUGGAGUGACUUCUUUCGGUCUCAGCAGCUGUGACGAACCAGCGGUAUAUUCACGUGUGACGGAGCACGAGGACUGGAUUGCUGGCGUCAUGAGAGACAACUCUUAAUGGUUCUGCUUCAAAUCCUGCCCGUCUGUCUGCCGUCCCUCCCUACUUCUCCCUUCCUUCUAUCCUUCCGUAGAUAAUCACAGCACGCAGGGAAAAGUUGUAUAGAAGAGCGAUAGACUGACAACUGUUUAAAUAAAGCGUCUUCAGAUCGUA